CGCUCGGAUUGGCUGCUGCGGGGCCAAUCGGUGGCCGCCCUCUGCCAAUGUAGCAAUUUUCAAAUCCGCACUUUGUGCAGCGGAGGAAGCGUAGAGGGGGCCGCCGUGGUAAAGCCACUCCUGAUCCUGAUCGUCCGGGUGGGCUGCACGGGAAACCUCGGGAGAGCUCCUCUGCCUCUCUCUGGUCUAUAAGCCAAGGGUGCUUCCCAGACGCACGGCCGCUUUGCUUGGGAAGGUCCACAGCUGGAAAGAUGCCGCUCCCCCGUCAUGGCAAGAGUGCGGGCACCAAGCCGUCCUGGCUGGGCAGAGUGGUAGCCGUGGAGAAUGCCCAAGCUGAGCAGGAGGAGAGCUCUCAGACAAAGCGAUCCCCCUCCUCUCCUCAGGGGGCACCCAAAAAGCGUUCUGCAUUCGGCGAUAUCACCAAUGCUCACAAGAUGCGGCCCAUCCUGGGAAGGAAGGAGGCAGCAAAGGGCGUUCCCAAGAAGGCCUCGAAGGGUCUGGCUGUGUUGGGCCUUGCUAAGAACAACGAGAUCAACCUGAAAAAGUCCCUGAACAAAAUUCUCCCUGAGGAUGCACCAGCUGAGUCUGACCACAUUGCCAAGAAGGGUGCAAGUGCAGAGGAGGCGGAUCCUUCACUGGCACCAGUGGAACAAGUGGUGCCGGUGGUGCCAGUUGAGGAUAUAGACAAGGGCCAGCUGGACGAUCCUUAUGCCAGUGCUGAAUAUGCCAAGGACAUCUUUACCUACAUGCGAGAACGUGAGGAGAAAUUCUUGCUCCCAGAUUACAUGAAGAACCAGCCUGACAUCACCACGGACAUGCGGGCUAUCCUGGUGGACUGGAUGGUGGAGGUGCAGGAGAACUUUGAGCUCACCCACGAGACACUUUACUUGGCUGUCAAGCUGAUGGACCACUACUUGGUGAAGGUGACCACCAUGCGAGACAAACUGCAGCUCAUUGGCUCCACUGCCAUCCUGAUCGCCUCCAAGUUUGAGGAGCGCUGCCCACCCUGCGUGGAUGACUUCCUGUACAUCUGUGAUGAUGCCUACAAGAGAGAAGAGCUCCUCGCCACUGAAGUGAGCAUUUUGCAAACGCUCCACUUCGACAUCAACAUCCCCAUUGCGUAUCGCUUCCUCCGACGGUUUGCCAAGUGUGCUCAUGCCACCAUGGAGACCCUGACCUUGGCCCGGUUCAUCUGUGAGCUCACCCUGCAGGAGUACGACUUUGUGCAAGAGAGCGCCUCUCGGCUGGCCGCCAGCUGCCUCCUCCUGGCACUCAAGAUGAAGCACCUCAGCGGCUGGAGUCCCACACUAGAAUGGUACAGCGGCCACAAAGCACAGGAGCUCCCCCUGCUGGUGAAGAGGCUCAACUUCCUGCUGACCUACCGCCACGACGACCGGCUCAAGGCUGUGCGCAACAAAUACUCCCACCGGGUCUUUUUUGAGGUGGCCAAGAUGGCCCCCAUCGACAUGCUGGUGCUUGAGGAAGCUUUGCAAAGCUAACCCUUGCUGGGCUGAGCGCUGGGGGCAGUUUCACAGGAGCUCCUUGGCCAAGGUGCUGCAACGCCACUGGCAUGUAAAUGACCUGUAAAUAGAUGUGUGCUCUUAGUCCAAAAGGACUGUGUGCCUGUGUAUGUGUACAUAUAUAUAUAAUUUCUUUUUAAAAAAAGAAUUGGGGUAGGAGGAGAAAAAAGGUAAAAGAAAAUGUAGAGGGGGAGGGGAUUCUUGUGGGUAAAGACAGAAAACGUUUCAAUAAAACUUAUUGAAAUACUUGUAGCCGCCUUCUCUAUAUCCAAAACAGGAGU